ACAGCAGAUGCUGCUCAGCCCGCAGCAGCUGCCACAGUUGAGAUGGGAUAAUCUGAUUCUCUGGGCCUGCCUGCCUUUUUUAUAAGCACAUUGGCCAGUGGGAGACUCAAAGUUACUAGACAUAGUACAUGUCAUUUUGUUGAGCUGGCUUGAGGUUAAUGCUUGUGUAUUUUAAGUCAGCUUGUGGUGCACUGCCUCAGAGAUUUGUCUUAUUGUUAAUUGUCAAAGGAUUUCAGCUUGUGGUGCACUGCCUCAGAGAUUUGUCUUAUUGUUAAUUGUCAAAGGAUUUCAGCUUGUGGUGCACUGCCUCAGAGAUUUGUCUUAUUGUUACUUGUCAAAGGACAGAGCUGGUUGUCAAUUGUCUGAUCUGCUCAUUUGAACACAUGAUCUGCUCAUUAUGAUGUUGUUCAGUGUUUGCCGUUUAACCCCACCUGUUUGACUGUUUUCUGUGGAUGUGACCUGCCAGUUCCUUGGUCCCAACUGGUUGCUCUGGAUCUCCCAUCCCUGUACACUUACCUGAUCUGGCACUCACACCUGACACCAGCAAGCUGGGAUGGAUGUAGAGAAGUUGCAGAAAGAAGAGCUGAAGGGUGAGCUUGCCAAAAGAGGAGAAGACGUGCAGGGAACCAAGGCGAUUCUCAAGGAAAGGUUGCAGAAGGUUCUUCAGAAGGAACUGCUUGGGUCAGAAAUGGAAGGUGGUGUGUCACACACUGAAGAUGACAAGGCUGGCAGUCAGAAGGGCUCACCAGCACCGUCAAGAGCAGGCUCAAAUGUGUCAUCAUCGGCAGCUGUAAAAGCAGAGAGAGCGAUAGAACUGGCAAAACAAGCUGGAUUGCUAGCAAAGAAAGAAGCACUGAAAAGGAAACAUGAACUUGAGGCUCGUGAAGCUGAACUGAGGAGGCUGAAGGAGGAACUUGAAGUUGAAGCAGAAAUAGAAGAGAGCAAGGCAAAGGAGGGUGUGUUGCUGCAAUAUGAAGAAUCAGUCUUCAAGGGAGAAGACAAAAUGAAGAUGCUUCUCAUGAAAGAUGAAAUCAGAACAGGACAGUUAGCUCAAGAAGAAGCUGCAGAGAUAACAAGAAGUGCUGAUGUUGCACAAGAGCCGACUGCACAAGAUGCUACCACACAGCAAGCAAGAUACCGAGAAGUUGCAAGAGAGCCGACUGCAGAAGAUGCUACCAUACAGCAAGCAAGAUGCCGAGAAGUUGUAAGAGAGUUGGCUCAAGAAGAUGGUACGAUACAAAGAAGAAGGCUGGUUGAUGUCAGAGAAAGAGAGCCCGUGAUACCUCAAGAAGAGAUCGCGGAAGGUCGAGUGACUGUGAUGGGAGAUGAGCACUCAAGACCACCAAGAAUCAACCCUGACCUGCAGGUGCUGAAGAGGGUAAACCUACCAGAGCUCAAGCUGAGGACCUUCGAUGGGAACAUUGAGACCUUCAAGUCGUUCCUGCGAGCAUUCAAGACCAACAUCGCCUCCAAGCUCGAUGACGAAGAAGAGAAGUUAAUGUAUCUGAUGCAGUUCACAGCAGGCAAGCCAAAGGAGAUCGUCUCAACAUGCAUUCAUCUUCCACCAGAGUUGGGAUAUCAAGAGGCAGUGAGAUUGUUGGAGCAGCGCUUCAGCAAUGAUGCACAGACGACUGAAGGACUCCUCAACCGCAUCCUGUCGCAGGCCAGUAUGCGAUCUGAUGACGUCAGCAGCCUGGAUUCGUUCGCCAUUCACCUGCGAGGGACACUCAACGCGUUGAGGAAUCUGCCACAUGGGACAGGCGUUGUAGAUGCGAAGACAAUGCGAGACAUCAUCGACAAGGUUCCCUUCUUGGCAGAUAGAUGGCGUCGUGAAGUCGAUCACAUCGAAUGUGAAGAAAGGAGGAGACCAGACUUCACUGAUCUUGUGGCGAUGAUUGAGAAGGAGGCAAGAAUCGCUUCCAAUCCCACCUAUGGACGACAUGUUCUGGCUUCAAGGACCACAAGACCUGCAAGAGAACCCCGAUCUAAGCAAGUGAGCGCACCAGCUCUGACUGGGAAGGUAAGCAUGGUGAGAACCCAACAAGACCUCUGUCUUUUCUGCCAGCAGGGUCAUGAGACGGACCGAUGUCCGAAGCUGGAAGUCAAGACGCAUGAUGAGAAGACCAAGUUCGUAAGAGCCAGUGGGCUGUGCUUCUCCUGCAUGAAGAAGGGACAUCUCGCGGCAGCAUGUCGUCAGAGAAGCACGUGCGCAAAAUGUAACCGAAGACACCCAACCGUGCUGCACCGACCUCCGAGAGACUCGGUUGCACCUGCCAGGUCUCCAGAUCCCUCAGCUGAUCAGCCUUCACCUCUGAGAAACCCACUUUCACCCGAUGGUCCACCAGCAGCUACCGCCGGACACGCCGCUCCGAAACGAGAGAACGGGGGAAAGCUGCAAGUUGUUCCGGUGGUUGUCCUGAUCAACGGAAGAAGACUGAAAACUGCAGCCUUCUUCGACACGGGCAGCACCCAUUCGUUCAUCACAGAGCAGCUCAUCAGUGAAGCCGGCAUGUCUCCUGACAGACAAACGUCCAUGACGGUGUCUACCAUAGUCAGCGACCAGAAGAUGAGCACCAGCGUGGUGUCGGGUGUGACCAUCGAGAACGAAGAGACGGGGACUCGACAGGAACUGCCGCCACUUUACACCCUCAACACAAUCCCUGUAACGGAGGAUGACAUUCCCACAGUUGAUGACGUUCGCAGAUGGCCGUACCUGCUAGAGAGCGGGGUGACAGUCUCAGAUGAGGCGUCUCUUCCAGUCGGGCUGCUCAUCGGCGGCAACGCCGCAGUAGUGAUGGAGCCGUUGAGGUUUGUGAAGGGGGAAGAUGGCGGACCAUACGCCACUCUAACCAGGUUCGGGUGGAUCCUCGGCGGUCUGAAGAACGUGAGCAGCAGAUGUCGGGUGAACCGCAUCAAAGUCAACGAGAACGACCCAAUGGCUGAAGAGUGGUUCGAAAACCGAGCUGAAGUAAGGAGAGGACUCUCGGUAGAUGACGUGAAGUGGUGCACUCUCAUGGAACACGGUUGUGUCAAGAAGGAGAAGUAUGAGAUUGUGCUGCCAUUUCGAGACCAGGAGCCUCGUCUGGAGAACAACCGAAGUGUGGCAGAAAGGCGCCUGGAGCUGCUGAGAAAGAAGUUUGAAAGGGACAAAGAGUACGCAGAGGAAUACACCACUCGGAUGAACAAGCUCCUGGAAGAUGGACACGCUGAAGCGGCACCAGAAGCUCGAGAAGACUCAUGGAGAUGGUACCUCCCCCACUUCGCGGUCAGGCAUCCGACGAAGGAGACCCUCCGUGUUGUCUUCGAUUGCGCGAGCAAAUACCGUGGCACCAGCCUCAACGACACGCUGCUGCAGGGACCAGACCUAACCACACCGCUGGUGGACGUGCUGCUUCGCUUCCGUCAAAACCCUUGCGCCUUUACAGGUGACAUUGAAGCAAUGUUCCUGCAGGUCUCUGUUCCCGAGUCUCAGAGGGACUAUCUGAGGUUCCUGUGGUGGCCCGAAGGUGUUCUCAGCAAUCCUCCUUGUGAGUACAGGAUGAAGGUUCACCUGUUCGGCGCAACAUCUUCUCCGAGCUGUGCCAACUUCGCGCUCCAUCGUACAGCUGCAGAUAACGACUCCCUGUCAAGAGAAGCCAGUGAAACGAUCCGGAACAACUUCUACGUAGACGAUGUUCUGAAGUCCGUCAAGGAUGAAGAGACAGCGAUCAAGCUGAUGAAGGACCUGAAGGCGAUGUGCGCGCUGGGAGGCUUCAAUCUGACGAAGUUUAACAGCAACAGCAUCGAAGUCCUUCAGUCAGUACCUAAACAAGACAGAAGCAAGCAGGUUAAGGAUCUGACGCUCGGAUCUGAUCCCCUACCUACGGAACGAGCUCUCGGCGUCGUUUGGGAUCCAAACACGGACACCAUCGGCUUCAACGUAGACAUGCAGAAGCUGACGCAGAAGACAGCCACCAAACGAGGGUAUCUGUCUGCAGCCGCGUCUUGCUAUGAUCCUCUCGGUCUGGCAGCCCCCUGUGUCGUCAGAGCGCGAGUGAUCAUUCAGAAGCUGCACCGUCUUGCGGUGGGAUGGGACGACAAGGUGCCGGAGAGCCUGAGGAGAGAAUGGGAGGGAUGGUUGACUGACCUGCGCAACCUGUCCCUUCUGAAGAUACCAAGGUGUCUGUCACCGUUGGGACUGGACGCGGCGCUUGAUGCUGGGGACACGAUUCAACUUCAUCACUUCGCUGAUGCCAGUUCGUCAGCGUACGGUGUCGUCUCGUACGUGCGCUGUGUUGGUGACCACUCCAGCUGCACGCUUCUUUUCAGCCGGGCUCGACUUGCGCCGAUGAAGCAGCUCAGCGUGCCGCGUUUGGAGUUAGCGGCAGCGACGCUCGCCGUGAAGAGUAGCCUGGAACUGCAGAGAGCGCUGGAAGUGGACGCCGAUAUAUAUUUCUGGACGGACAGUACCACCGUCUUGAAAUACAUCAAGAACGAGAAGACGAGAUUUCAUGUGUUUGUCGCAAACCGCCUUGCGGUCAUCCACGAUGGUUCCACGGCCGGGCAGUGGCACUACGUGCCAAGUGAGUCAAAUCCAGCCGACCUCGUAUCGCGCGGAAUGAACGCCUCCUCUCUGGUUCACAGCGAUCUCUGGAGAUUUGGACCCAGCUUCCUGAACGGGAAGGAUCAGGAGUGGCCUGCAAACCCUGCCGAAGACGCUGUGAGCGAGGCCGAUCCGGAGGUGAAGGCUGUUGUCAUGACCACGACAUGCAAAGAUACCUCUCCUAUCGAGAAGCUGACCCAGUACUACUCAUCUUGGAGACGUCUGGUCAGAGCCGUGGCACUGCUCCGCCGGCUGGUGCUGCGGUGGAAAAAGAGCGCGCCUCAGGAUGUGAAGACUACGGCGCGUCUGACUGUAUCGGACCUGGAGGCGGCAGAGAGCUGCAUCCUCAAAGACGUGCAAGCUAGACAUUUCAGUCAGGAACUCUCCGACUUGAAGUCCGACAAGCCUGUGAGCACUUCGAGCUCUCUGGUGCGCUUGGACCCAUGGCUGGAGGGAGACACGCUUCGAGUUGGUGGACGACUCAGGAACAGUGCUCUGCCAUUUGACUCGAAGUUUCCCAAGAUCCUUCCGGGACGAGACCCUGUAGUGGACCUGCUCAUCACUGCAGCUCAUCAAAACGCCGGACAUGAAGGCAGGCAACACGUCCUGUCUGAUCUGAGAGCGUCAUACUGGAUCGUGGGCGCCAACACCGCGGUGCGUCGCUGUCUCAACCGCUGCAUCGGCUGCAAAAAGAGACAGAAGCAGACAGAGCAUCAGAAGAUGGCCGAUCUUCCUGAAACGAGACUGGGCGUGGGCGACAGGGCUUUCACCCACACGGGAGUCGAUUACUUCGGCCCUUUUUUCGUCAAGCAAGGUCGCUCACAGGUGAAGAAGUACGGCGUGGUAUUUACGUGCUUGGCAAUCCGCGCGGUUCACCUCGAAGUCGCUGAUGAUUUGUCCACAGAUUCUUUUCUGUGUGCCCUGCGACGCUUUGUGGCGCGGCGCGGCGGCGUCCGAUCCCUUCGAUCGGAUCAAGGGACGAACUUCAUCGGAGCGGAAAAGGAAUUAAAAGAAGAAGUCAACAAACUGAAGCAGCACGAAGGUGAAAUCCACGAAGCAGCUUUCCGUCUCGGCAUCGACUGGCGCUUCCAUCCUCCCCACGCCUCUCACUUUGGCGGUGUUUGGGAGCGUCAGAUACGCACCAUCAGGAAGCUGCUCAACGCUCUGCUGACACAACAGACGUUCUCACUUCAGACUUUGCAGACACUCCUGUGCGAGGUGGAAGCGAUCAUCAAUAACCGCCCGCUGACACCCGUAUCAGCUGAUGCGCAUGACCAACCCCCACUAACUCCAAAUCAUCUCCUCCUCCUUCGCAGUGUCGUAUUCCCUCCUUCAAGCACAGAGUGGGAUCAUCACAGGAGCUGGAAGCAGGCCGGCUACCUCGCCGAUCUGUUUUGGCGUCGAUGGAGGACGGAGUAUCUCCCUCUGCUGCAAGAGCGGAGCGGACGCGCAACGAGAAGUCGAGACAACGUGAAGAAAGGAGACAUCGUCCUGAUGGUCGACGACUCUGUACCGCGUGGAGUGUGGCCGCUGGGCCGGGUCGAAGAGGCCAUCGUGAGCGCUGACGGCCGAGUGCGCUCUGUCCGAGUUCGCGCACGCGGUACAUCGUACUACAGACCGGUCACUAAAAUCGUCAAGAUCCUCGACGAGAGUAACCCAAGACGAGAGUGAAAGAAAUUCGAAGGAACAAGACUGCAAGAGUUGAGAGUCAAGUUGUGACUCAAGAAGAGUUGCGUGUUACGAAGAAGUUUAUUUGUUUUGAUGCUCACUUGCAAGCAUAAAAAAGGGGAGGGUGUAAGUGCCUUUCCUGAUGCCUUCCUACCUACCUGCUUCCUUUUCGCGAUCGGCGCGACAUCUGCAGAGUAGUGUCUUUGAUCGUCGCUAGAUGGCACUGCUGUUGUGUUCGCCAGCUGACCGAUAGUGGUGGGGUGGUGGUCAAAUUCGAAGUAGAUAUUCGAGGUGAGAACUAUUUGAGUUGUUCGAUCAGCUGUUUCGGUUUUUGGGACACGAUAUACGGCCUUGGGGACACGUAUGACGUGGAAGAAUGGCGGUCAGACCAGAUUUUGUUGCUCUGUUCCGAUGUGGCGAGUGAGGACACAAAUCUUGAUACCAUUCAUUCGGUCAUUCAUUGAUUUCACCUGGCAACAAUAAAUUGCUGGACUGACUGGA